AUGAAAGAUUGGUCUCUUCGUUUGAAUGAUGCACUGUGGGCUUAUCAUACAGCUUUUAAGACCUCGAUUGGUAUGUCACCUUAUCGUCUUGCGUACAACAAAGCAUGUCAUCUUUCAGUGGAGUUAGAGCAUAGAGCAUACUGGGCCAUCAAGCAGUUGAACUUUGACCUCAAGAAGGCUAACUCACAGAGGAAGCUCGAACUCAAUAAAUUAGAGGAGUUGAGGAAUGAUGCUUAUGAUUGUGCAAAGUUGUACAAGGCACAAAUGAAGAAGGCUCAUGACCAGAGCAUUGUGAGACGAUCUUUUGAAUCGAGUCAAAAAGUCCUUUAUAAUUCACGUUUGCAUCUUUUUCGAGGGAAGCUCCGAUCUCGAUGGACAGGCCCAUUUACUGUUCAAUCAGUUUUUCCUCAUGGGGCCAUUAAGAUUGAGGAUCCAAAGAAUGGUACUACUUUCAAGGUUAAUGAAAAAAAACUGAAACCAUUCUUGGAGUUGCAGAGCCCGGAGGUAGAGACGACCAUUUUGGAGGAUCCAAGUUGCACGUAG